UUGUCCCUAGUCGCCACCAACCAAAAGCCAAAACCACUGUUUUCUGUCUCGGAGCCUGCAACUACCCAUCAAACUUGGACUUCCUCGAACUACCAUUCCUCUGUUCACACAUACACACAGACUUCCCCUCUCUCUCUCUGUCUCCCACCGGCCAUUCUUCUUCGUUUCAGCGAACUUUCCUUCCCUUAUUUAACGCUCCCCCUUCAAUUUAACCACCCCAGUUUCAACUCCACACCCAACAGUUUUGACCCUCUUCUUGCAAGAAAGUUCCUCGCGCUUCACCAGAAUUUCAAUGGCUGACUCGGAUCUCUCCUCUCGCGACGCAACGACAUCGGUGGACUCCAGAGGGGAUGACGGUCAGGGUCCGAAGCUCCUGGAUUUCUCAGAAGAUGAGGAGACCCUUAUAGCUAGGAUGUACACUCUGGUUGGUCAAAGGUGGUCGCUGAUCGCCGGGCGGAUUCCGGGGAGGUCGGCGGAGGAGAUCGAGAAGUACUGGACUUCAAGAUGUUCGAGUAGCGAAUGAAACAGAGGAACUAGAAGUUCCGGGGGAGAAAAUUUUUCCCUCCCCUUUUAAGAGAAAGGAAAAUUUUCAGGGAAAAUUUUCUGGGAUUUUCUUUUUGGUUUUUCUCUUGUGGGGGAAAAUUUUCCAGUUUCUUAGCAAACUAAGGAGGAAGAAACCGGUGGUUCCGGUAACCUAGUUAAAAAAAAAAAAGAGAGAGAGGAAAAUCUCAAAUGAGAAGGAAAGUCUGUGUAGUGUAGUGUAGACUGUAGAGUCUCAAGUUGUUGUGCAUAUGAAUAUGUCAUUUUAGCGUUAUGUAAGUCAAUAUCCGAUGGUCUCAAUUGGUAAAAAAGAAAAGACGUAUGGAGAAAAACCGACUUCAUUUCAAAUGGACUAGAUAUCUAGGUAAGCGAGGCCCGGUCCGAACCGGACGGUUCUGUCUCGCUCGGGCCAGAUUCACCGGUGCAAGUGAGCUCACUCUUUUGAAUCGGGCAGUUCUGUUUGAGCUUGGGGACGAUAUCAACUGUGAGGUCGAAAACAAGAAUUUGCGGUGCUUGUGUUGAUGCUGGACGGAAUUUGGCCCAUGAGCAACAUCCCAACACAACCAAAUCCGACACGACAUGGUCCGUACAAUGGGGGCCUUCCAUUUCAAUUUUUCACUUCUUUCUUGAAAAAUGGAAGUGAUUCGAACUGUUGAGUCUUGAAACGCGGAAAAUAAGGCUCAUGCCCGUUCUCUC